AUGAGCACCCAUCCAAAUCCCAAAGACUCGAUGAAGUCGACCUGGCGGCGACAAGACCGCUCGCAGUGGAAGCUCCCGCACUGGAUCUUCGAAUGGGCCAACGUCUACCACGUCGACCUGGACCGCGAAGUGCCCAAACACUCCAAAAGCGAGAAAGUGCCCUACGUACCGGACUGGCACCUCCAUCGCUGGGUGCUAGUCUACGGCAGCAUCCCGCUGCUCGCCCACCAACUCUACGUGACCCUCACGGGCCAGAACUUCCACCCCAUCGUCGCCUUCCUAUACUACUACUACGCCUCGCGGGUGUUCACGCAGCGGGAGCUGCGCCAGCUGCGCGAAAUGGGCCACAAGUACGGCUUCCUCGACGGAGACAACCACGAGCGCGACGGCGUGCCAGACGUCGGAGUCGGCAAGGCCCUCACGUCUGUCAUGCUCGCAGGGCUCGUGCGACCCCUGAUGACCGUGUUCCUCACAUACCGGGCCCACGAGGCCCCCGCGUCCCUGGAUUGGCGAUACCUGCCCCUCGAGAUCAGCCUGUACGGGAUUAUCCUCGACUUCUGGUUCUACUGGUACCACCGACUGAUGCACGAUGUGGCGGGGCUCUGGAAAUACCACCGCACGCACCACCUCACGAAGCACCCGAACCCGCUCCUGACCAUCUACGCGGACUCCGAGCAGGAGUUCUUCGAUAUCGCGGGCAUUCCGCUGAUGACGUGGGGGACGAUGCGCCUGAUGGGCCUGCCGAUGGGCUUUUACGAGUGGCAUAUCUGUCAGCUGUAUGUGCUGUUCGCCGAGCUGGCGGGCCACAGCGGUCUUCGGAUCCAUGCGUCACCGCCGAAUCCGUUGACGUGGCUGAUGCGGAUGUUUGGUGCGGAGCUGGUGAUCGAGGAUCAUGAUCUGCAUCAUCGGAAGGGGUGGAAGAAGAGCCAUAACUAUGGGAAGCAGACGCGCGUGUGGGACCGGGUGUUUGGGACUUGCAGUCCGAGGAUCGAGAGUGCGGACGAGAAUAUCGAUUACGAGAAUCCGGCGCCCAUGGGUCUGUUUUAG